AUGCAACCCACGGAGAAGCUCAGCAGGAAACUGCGGGGCCAAGAAGCUGUUGGCAAGGCCAGGACUGCUGAGCAGGAGACAGAGGUACCCCUACGGGAUACUGCCCCACCUACUCAAGAUGACCACAGCAAGAGGUCCUCACUCCCCAGAGCUGGCUCAGGAAAGAGGCCACUGUCAAAGACCACGGGGGAGUCAGUAGCUGCUGACACCUGCAGAGUGCACAAAGACCCAGCACCAGCUGCAUGUAGUCCCCAACCCCAGGGAGAAGGUUUCUCUCUCCCAGAGAAAAAGCCAAAGAGAGUGAAGUCAUCCAUUUCUGCAGUCCCUGGCCAAGCCUCCAGUCUCCUCAAGACACUGACCCAGAAGAGUCAAGCGGAAGACCUGAAGAAAGAAUCCCUAGAAGUGACCUGUCAACUUCGGAAAAAGACUCGAACCCUGUACCGCUCAGACCAGCUGGAGGACCUGGAGCGGAUAUUCCAGGAAGACCACUAUCCUGACAGUGACAAGCGCCACGAGAUUGCCCAAAUGGUGGGGGUCACCCCCCAACGCAUCAUGGUGUGGUUUCAGAACCGCAGGGCAAAGUGGCGAAAAGUGGAGAAACUGAAUGAAGAGAAUAAGAAUGGUCCUGCAGCCCCCAGUGUGGAAAGCAGCCAGUGCAGAUCUGCACCUGAGCUCCUAGCUGCUAUACCUACAGACCUAGAGCCUGGCCCUGUUCCUCCAGAGCACAUUCUGGAUGCCUUUCCUGAGCCUCCCAUGUUGCUGACUUCCAACCAGACUCUGACCCCCUCUCAGCACAAUGGGGGUACUCAGAGGGUGGCAGUGACCCCACCACUCCUCAGCCCACCACCUAUUCAAAGGAGCAACCUUCCCCUUCCUCUGGAUCCUGUUCAAAUCCCUCAAGUGAUGCCUCCACUUCAGGAUGUUCCUGGGAGUGACAACAUAUACAAGAACAUCCCCUGUGGGUCCUGGGGCACCAGCAUCACUUCACCACCCACCUACUCAAACUUGGAAGACCUUGGGCCUCAGGAUUACCAAGCAAGCAGCCACUUGGGUUCAUUCCAGUUCUCCCAGGCUCCACAGACCCCUCCUUUCCCACCCCUUCAGUCCCAGUUUCCAUACCUGCCCCCCUUCCCUUUCCCCAUUCCAAGCUCGCUGACAUUCCUACCACUGGAAGACUCUCUUUUUUCAUUUCCUUUUGGCCUCAAUGGGGACUUGUCGCAGGAAUAUUGUCCAGGGCCCCCACCAGGUCAGAGCUUGCUACAGCUACCUGCUGGAAAUAUGGGUCCAGGACCCUGGAAUGGCCAUUGUUUGCAAGAACAUCCCUCCCCUCAUACACUCUGCCCUCAAGCUCUGGGACACCCCCUAGACCUGCUUCCAGCUCCUUGUGCUCAGAUUAUGAGCAAGCAGUCUUCCUUAGGCCUCAAUGGGCUUCCUGAAAACACUAGACCAGAGUCAGGGGCCUCACAAUGCAAACUGGCAGAGGAGGAGACUGCCUCUUUCCUUGAGAAGUCCACACCAGAGCAGGUCAGAGACAAAAAUAAGAAUAGCCAUGCCACUGGGGACAAAGAGUGA